UCACUCACACUGCUUUAAACAAAUGAAAUAGAAAUUAAGAGAAAAAAAAAGAAAAAAACAAGAAUGAGUUUCUAAACUCGUUAUAUUUUUAAAAAGCUUACAUUAAGAUUUUUUACUCGUUUAAAACAGGUUCAGAAUAGCUGGGUGACACUUGCUGUGUUGUGGAGACAUGUCUAAUAUUUGAUGGAUAAAUGACACAGAGAAGUUGCAAUAAGCAAUUCAGAGAGUGAUUUAUUUGUGCUUUGGCUUGUCUGUCUGUGUCACAGACAUGGAAGAAUUUAUAUGGAAUUAUCGUUCUAUCCAGCACAUGAUCUAAUUCGUUUUUGCAAUUGACACAAAUGGGGUCAAGGUCACAACAAGGUCAAAAUGUCUGCAAUUGUUUUUCUUAAUAAUAACUUCUGUCCUGUUUGUCGUACCAGUUUAUAUGUUCAGGUUUAUAUUCAGGAAACCAAAAGCCCAUUUUCUAGCUAACAAGUCAUGUUUCUGUUGUCCAUAAAUCCAGGAUUCUCACUGAUAUCUAAUGAAAGAUCUAAUAUUUGAAGGAUUUAUAUGGAAUUAUUAUUAUUCUAACCUGCAAAACAACUGGUUCAAGGUCAUAGUAAAGGAGUAGUUUCCCUCCUGUUUGAGAUACAUUUUAAGGGUAUUAUAGGCAUACAAAUGUCAUUGUUAGGUUAAUAGUAUCCUUCUGGUAUAUUUUACCAGGGUAUUAUAUGCAUACAAAUAGUACCCAGAAGGACUAGACAGAGGCCACCCAUUAAUUCAUUUACAUUGUAUAUAUUGUAAUAUAUUAUAUAAUAUAAUAUUAUAUAUGUAUUACUUAAUAAUAUGUAAGUGAGUUACUGGAGCAGCACGUGGAUAAAGCAUGUCUGCAGUGUUUUCACAGGCAGCAACAGCUCAGAUAUUAAUACGUCCUUCUAAUUGGAUUGCCCCUUAAUGAUCUGUAGAGGUUUAGAGAGCCAGAGCGUUGUUUUACUCAAUAUAGACAAUUCUCUGCUACAGACAGGAAGAUGAAGGACCCUCAGCUACCAGGUUAUAUAUGUCAGAAGGCAUGUCCGAAGCGAUAUGAGGAAAAAAAAAACAAAACCCAAACUCUGAUCAAACCCACCAGACCUCCACUUCUGGGAUCCAGAGCACCAGCAAUAACAGCAGAGCAACAAAUGAACCAAACAGCGUUUGAGAGGGUUGUGUAUGACAUGUCCCACAAUGAAUCCAUCAUCAGUGACAUAAUUCUGGGUAAAAGGAUAGCCUUCUAUGAACUCAGAGGGGAAAUCGGCACUGGCAAUUUCUCACAAGUCAGGCUUGGUGUUCAUGCCUUAACUAAAGAGCGUGUUGCAGUCAAGAUCCUUAAUAAAAGGCGCUUGGAUAAGAAGACACAAACGUUAUUUGCUUCUGAAAUAUCUUGUUUGCAAAGACUGUCCCAUCCAAACAUUGUGCGUCUUUAUGAGGUAGUUGAAACAAGUAAGCACCUGUACUUGGUUAUGGAGUAUGGAAGCGGAGGAGACCUCUUUUCACGCAUCAGCACAAGGGGACGCCUGUCCGACUUGGAAAGCAAGCUCAUCUUUGCGCAAAUCAUUUCAGCUGUUAAAUACAUGCAUGAAAGCAAUAUAGUUCAUCGUGACCUAAAGGCUGAAAAUAUUUUCUACACGACCAGCUACUGCAUCAAGAUAGGUGAUUUUGGUUUCAGCACUGUGAGUGGUCCAAAUGACGUCCUGACCACAUUUUGUGGCUCUCCUCCUUACGUGGCACCAGAGCUGUUUAAGGAGAAAGGCUAUGUAGGCCGUUAUGUAGACAUCUGGGCACUGGGUGUUUUGCUGUACUUCAUGGUGACUGCUACCAUGCCGUUCAAUGCUGAAAACCUGGGCCGUCUAAAACGCUGUAUCUUGCAGGGCAUCUACAGCAUCCCUCAGUACGUGUCUGUGCCUUGCCAGCAGACCAUUCAAGGCAUGCUAAGGCCUGUUCCUCCAGACCGCAGCAGCAUUUCCCAGAUCAUGACCUGUCCCUGGAUGAGUGGCAUUGACUACCCCAAGCCUUUUCCCUGCCUAAGCCUGACACCCAGUCACCUGAUGGAUUCCUCCCAGGGCCUGUGUAUAGAAGAGGAGGAGAUCAAGAUUGCACUGAAUGACUUGGGAAUUAGCAGCAUGCACCUUCAGAAUAACACCUCUGAAGACUUGUGCAAUCCCAUUACAGGAACAUAUCGUAUUUUGCUGCAUGGCAUUCAAAAAAGGAGGAUGGUUGAGUCUGUGGGAUAUACAGCACUGCACCCUGAAGAUUUAUGUGACAGGAAGCAAUGGAACAGCAAAUUUGAGAAAUCCACUGUCUGUACUGUGCUGUAAGGAAUCGUUGCUCCAAAUAAAAGGUACUUCUCUUGCCCACAGGAAGCAUCUGGGAAUUGUAUUGAACUCCAAAUGUAUAUUUUGCUAUUUGAAGGUGCUAAAAUACAGCUAAAUCCCAUUAAAUGUAUUCAUGUGUAAAGAAAGUAAUUAAUAUAUUUUGUGUCUUGCUAGGUCAAUAUGGACUAGAGGAAGUGCUUUUUUAGACAUAUGCUUCAUUAAGAAUUUACUGAAUGCAUGUUUUUGAUAUUGUGCAUAGAAAACAUCACUUAUAUGGACUGCUUUUUACAUGGAAGGUUAUGUAAACAAACAC